CAUUUUAAUAGAGAAUUAACGGCUUUGGCAAUUUUUAUCAAUGUAUUAGAAGAUGAACGAACCUAGCGCAUUCGUAUAUGAAGACAGUGGUGUGAAAGUUGAAGCUCCGCCGCCGCCACCGCAACCGGCCACUCCAUUUCAAGGGCCGUACAAGUUCUCCCCUGAUGAGUUGAGAGUGCUUGGCGAGUGCAACCAAGAAAGCUUCUUCCAGCGCUCCCUGCCACUUGGUACUGCAAUGGGGUUAGGGACAUAUUUUGCUAUUCAGCAAGGACACUUAAAGGCCAAUCCUCGGUUUGGAGUGAUCCCGAAAGUGACAUUAGCUGUGGUAAUGGGAUACUUCAUCGGGAAAAUAUCAUAUCAGGAGAAAUGUGCGGAAAAACUAAUGGCCCUGCCUGGCAGUUACAUUGGACAGCUCCUCAGGGAAAGAAAGGAUGGAAAGAUACGUGGCAGGACAUCAUUGCAUCAACAAGCACCGUCCAUGUUUGGCGCGGGUCCUAAUGACAUCUACUCAGAUGCUGGCCCGGGCAACUCGUUAGACCUUGACACUGACAGGCCCAUCUUCAGUGAUGACACGUAUCAUCCAGACAACCAUGGAAGCAUAAACGAAAGUCCUCCAGAAGGGUCAGCCCGCCCAGUAUUGUCCUAUGACGAACUUCGGCGCAGGAAUCGAGGAGAGUACUCCGACUCUAAACAAAACCCAUAUAGGAUGGAUCCCAAUUUGGCACCUCCGAUAACACGCCAGCCACAGCCUCAGCAAAAACCAUCUACAAACAAGUAUGGAGACACUAUGGAGUAACCACAGAAUAGUGCUUAAUAAUAAAUGACAGUGUCUAUGAGAAUUGAGGCAUCCAUUGCCUGACAAGUGUCAAGCGAUAUGUAGCACUUCUAAAGAACUUCAACAGGUCUUGACGGAUCCAUUGACUGCCAAUUUACUACGAGUCUAACUAGUGUUCGUAAUCGUAAUACUCCGUCGCCUCUGUAGUCCUGACUAUGCUACGCUACCUUUACGCUACUAAUAGUCUGCUGUUAAUAAAAGAAAACAGCUAUGUCAUUGGUAGCAAGUCUAUUAGAAAUUUAUUACAAAUUUGGUGUUAAAAGCACGAAUUACUGAAGGAUCCUGUCCAGUGUAGUCAAAAGAAUAGCUAUUGCACAAUAACAAUUUUUUUUACUAACUUGUUAUUUAAAUCAGCGUUUGUUUAAUAUAUUUUUUAUUAUUUUAGUUGUAAAUUGAACUUAAAAGCUAGUAUACGGAAUGUUAGACGUUUUUGGGCUAAAUCCUCAUCAUAGAUAAUUAAUUUUUGGAGAUCUCAUGUAUGACUUUUGACAAUAUAUUUUGGCAGGAUAUCUUGCCUGUGCCAUGUUCUUGUAAUUAGCGCAAAUAAAUACGCCAAUAAUAUUAAACGUUAGGAGGCGUGUCACUUUUCCGACUCGAGAUUGGAAUUCAAAGAUCUACCUAGAAAUUCCUCGUGACUUUUAAUAAAAAUUUUGAAAACAUUUGUGAAAAGGUAAUUAAGGCUAAAUAAAUACGAAUCGCACUGGGUAGGCCCAUUUUCCACCAGAGUAGAGUGGGGAAAAAAAAAUAAAAACAGAACACCUUUCUAUUAUUAAGCAAAAUUUAAACUAAAUAUUUUUAAGUAAAAUCUAUGCUUAAUCACAUUUGACAAACCAAUAGUAUUAAGUUGUUUGGACUAAGCGGCGUAUGUCGAAAUAGCAAAAUACUGUUACUGGUUUGCUGAAACCACAUUGUCCGCUAGGCGUUGGUUGAUAAAUUAUGGGUCUUGAAAUAUACGUGUUGUAUGAAAGCUCAGCCCAAAUCUCGAGGAAGAAGCAGGCAGGAUCCUGUUGUAUGUUGUGCCUUUUGUUUCAAGGGUCGCUUUAUUAUUGUUACUUUAAAAUGUGCUAUUCGAACCGACAAAAUAAAUAUAUUCAAUAUACUCUAAGGAGACUGGAUGGUGUUCUAAUAGCGGUUUAGUGGACUCAGCAAUGUACGCACUCCUUAACUCAUAGCCUCAUUUGUUAACCAACAUGUAAAAAAAUGUUA